CUCUGAACUUUUUUUAAAACACAUUCGACAAGAUGAGUGAAAAAAAAACCUUGAUAAAUAUUUACAGAAAAUAAUCUAAGGUCUAUAGAUCUAGAUCUAUAUUCUAUUCUAGAUCUAAUUAUUCUAAUACUGCCUACUUAUACUGUAUCUGUUUAGUUCCUACAAUCUAAACGAUUUAUAGAUUAAACGCAGACCAGACAUCUACUCUACCAUGCUUGCCCGACUGUGGGGCUGUCUGAAAAGACAUAAACGAAAGUUUUUCUUUUUUGGAACAGUUUUUGGAGGCAGCUGGUUAAUGUAUAAAUUUAUUUGGAGAAAAAUUAAAGAAAUUCGAGAUGAAGAAGACAAACAGUAUUUAAUCUAUGUGAGGAGACAGCAUCAUUUUGAUAGCAAUCAAAGAACGUGCAACAUGACAGUUUUAGGAAUGGUUCCCAACCUUCGUGAAGUUUUAAUCAAAUCCUUAGACACAGAAGAAGUAAAAGAUAUGCUCAAAUUAAACCCUCCAAACAAAAUUGACCUUUGGGAAGAACUAAAAAUAAUGAGCGUCACUCGUACGUUAGCUGCAGUGUACGGAACAUGUAUGUUGUCUGUCAUGUUGAGGGUCCAGUUGAACAUUGUUGGAGGCUACCUUUACCUUGACACACUUCAUCCCCCUGCUGCUCAGAAAACUGAAACAGUUCACAGCAGUAUCAUACCAGCUAAAGUACAAGAAAGAUAUUUAUCACUAAUUAAACAGUUCAUUGAAGAAGGAUUUAUAGAUUUCACCCACUUUUUGAGAUUAGCAGUUAUCAAAGAAAUUGGAAGCCUUUCACUCAAAGAACUUGUGACACUGGAUAAUUUAUCCACAGUCUUUGAGAACAUCAGAGAAAGAGUGGAGUGUGGGGUUGACAAGGCAACACUUUCUCUCUAUCCAUUUUUACUAAAAAGCGAGCAAGUGCCUGACAUUUCUAAGACUUCUGUGUUAAACUCAGAAGAUGAAUUAUUAGAAAGACUUGUUAUUGAAACAAGAGACAUUUUAGAAAGUUCUGACUUCCAUACCGUGUUGAAAGAAAGUAUAGACAGAGGCUAUCAUUGUGUUUUGGAUGGUUUGGCAGACCAUUACAAGCAGCAAAUCAAUGCUGAAGGACAGAAUAAAGACAUUCAUCAUGUUUCCAUAGCGAUAGCAAAAUUAAUCCCUGUAAUCAAUGCUUUGAUGUUCAACAUUUGUGGCGAUGCACCUAAUAGAUUUAUUCAGGAACUCCUACUUAUGGAAGAACUCAAGCAGUUGGCAGCUAAUGUUUAUGAAGCUUUCAGUCAGGACCCAAGUGAAAAAGUUUCCAUAUGAAAUUCUUGUUUUUUAUUUUGUAAAAAAAAAUAAACUAUAACUUUUUUCUAAAUAUAACUGUUUUUGUAGUAAUAUCUUUGGUUGGGUUUUUCCAACCAACUGGGUUUAUUAUAUAUUUUUUUUUGUUUUACUUUUUUUUUCUCUGAACAUUUUUCUUGUGUAUAUUUCCUUAAGUAUUUCUUAUAAUUAUUUUUUUAAAACACCUUACUUCCUCAUAUAAUUUAAUUCCUCAAGCUAUCAAUUAUCAUUUUAAAUCUUUGUGACAUUAUCCUGCUGGAACAUAAUACUAUAGUUAUUUCAUUUCUCAUAAACAUUUUAUUGUUGUUUUAAAAGACUUAAAAAUGUAACUUUUUUUUAUUUUUCAACAUUAUUUAAUUAGAAUAGAAAGUCUUGCCAUUCUUAUAUUAAAGAUGGUGCAAUGUUAACUUUCUUACCCUGAGACCUCUAGUACUAGUAUGUUUGUUGCACUGCUAGUUACUACUACACAUCUCCUUAGAGAAAUUUGUUAUCAAUAUUUAAGUUCUUUAUUGCUAAGUAUAAACAAAAUAUUGUGACUCUAAAACUAUGUCUCUAUAUUUAUUGUCAUAAAAUAUCAUGCAUAAAGUGCAUUUGAAAGUUUAUACAUUUUUCUUAUGAUUAACAUUUUAGUCCUUUAGGUUGAAGAGUGAAGAGACUAUAGUUAAUAUUAAUUAUUGUUAAAAAUGUGAAUUCAACAAAUUUUUAUAAUUAAUUUUCCACUUUGUUUUUUUUUAAUGAACAGCAUCAGUAGUAGUAAUUAGUUACCAGUCUAACAUUUAAUUUUUUUUAAAUGUAAUUUUUAAAACAUGAAUUUGUUAGUUUAUUGAGAUGUAGAUCACAGGUUGUGAUGACUGGAUCUUGCAGACACAACACAAGCAUAAUGAAAAUAAAAGAAUAAAGCAAAGAAACCAAAUAAAAAAUUGAAAUUACAAGUACUGUUUUAUAUCUAGAAUUACAAUAUUCAAUCAAAACUUUCAUUGAAAUUAAAAGUAUCAAAGAAAUAAUUGAAUCCUGAAACUAGUGUCAUCCUUUUUAGAUAGCUUUUUCAAUCUGUAGUUACAGAAGUAGUCUAGUAUUUUCUGAACUAUUUUUAGCCAUUUUAAAAUAUCACUAAUUUCUAGAAGUUGACAUCAUUAAGCUACAAAUUUCUCUGUAAACAACUUGGCAGACCAUGCCUUGUGUACUUGCUAAGAAUGCCAUUGAAAUGAUAUUUAAACAAUGUCUGGUGAAAAGUAGACAGAAAUAUUUCUAGUUUUUCUUUUGCUGUGUUGAAUAAAACACAUGUGAGACUUGAAACAUAAAAUUGUGUAUAUGGGUUGAACAUUUUAAUGAAGUUAAUUAAAUGAUACUAUUUGCAAUAAAAUUAUUUUGUACUGAAUUGUUU